GGGGUCCGCGGGCCAUAAAAGUCACGACCCAAGUGCGGCACCUCCCCCCAGCACCCUGUGCGGCGGGCAGUCUCCUCGCGGUGGGAGGUCUGGGGGCCGCGGAAGCGGCGCAGGGCAGAGCGCUGGGUCAAGGCGGCAGGCGGCCUAGCGGGUGGCCCGGGGCGGGCGCGGCCCCUUUAAGACGCCGCGCCGGCCCCGCCCCGCGCCGCACCCCCCGCCGGGAGCUGCGCCACGUGACCCGGGUCUUGUGACUGGCCGGGGGGAGGCGCGGAGGGGAAGCCCGCGGCGCCCGCCUCCGAGAGGGGCCCAGCCCCGCAGCCGCCGCCGCUGCCGCCGCCGCCCGCGAGGAGCGGGUCCCGCCGGCGGGUCCGGGCGUUCGCGCGAGUCCGAGCCGGCGCGGGAGCCGGAGUCCGAGCGGGAGUCCGGGCGGGAGCCGGGCCGGGCGCGGUGGGCGCCGCCCGCCAUGGACCACAAGCCCCUGCUGCAGGAGCGGCCGCCCGCCUACAACCUGGAGGCCGGCCAGGGCGACUUCGCGUGCGGCCAGCACGGCUACGGCGCCAUCCCCGCCGCACCCCCGCCGCCGCCCUACCCCUACCUCGUCACAGGGAUACCCACCCACCACCCCAGGGUCUACAACAUCCACAGUCGAAAUGUCACCAGGUACCCUGCCAAUUCCAUCGUUGUCGUUGGAGGCUGCCCGGUCUGCAGAGUCGGGGUUCUGGAGGACUCCUUCACCUUCCUGGGCAUCUUCUUGGCCAUCAUCUUGUUCCCGUUUGGGUUCAUCUGCUGUUUUGCCUUGAGGAAGCGAAGAUGCCCCAACUGUGGAGCAAACUUCACUUAAAGGGAACAACACACCUGGCUUUCCUACAUCCAGCUGUCUUUUUCUAAUGUAAAUGUCGUGUACAGUAGCUUUAUUUGAUUAAGCUUCCAGGACUGUUUUGUAAAGUGAGGCGGGAUAGACGGCGUGCGCGUGAGCUGCGGUUUCGUGGGGCGCAGGGGUCACGGCGUGGGGACGCAGCAGCACUGCUUCGGGGUGAAUGACAACUCAAUAAAGCACUGCUUCUAUUUUUUGCAGUCUUCAAUUUGAGAAAGGUGAGAAAUACUGUUUUAAAUAAAUGAGAUUCAUACCAUU